UCCCACCCACGCGACGCUUCAAUGGCGGAGAGGAGUUCCCCAAGCUGGAAGAGUUGCGACAAGAGUUCCGCAGCAACACUGAUCCCAGACCAUCUCAUCACCUAGACAAGGACUGUUCCGAUGAAAAGCCGCUGCAGGAUCAGGAUCCCGAUGAUCGGGACCGUGGCAUGUGUGCCGAUACAAGCAGAGGCGCAGCGGUCAAGGACUUGCUUGUAAAGGCACUAGAGGGGUCGCUUCCACCUGCACGGCACGAGAUGGCGUCCGCAGAUGACCCGAAGCCUGUUUCUCGCCCCGGAAUAACUCCGGGGGAGUUACCGCUUCUGGUAGAACAAAACCCUCAAACCGUGGUCGAGAUUCUCACCAAGUUGAACAACUCUCCGGAGAUUGAUGAAUAUUUGACGGCUAUUGUAAGCAUGGAUGCGAGCCUGCACUCGAUGGAAGUCGUGAAGGGGCUCGCGACAGCGGUCGAGCUUCCAAAGGAUUUUAUGCGCACGUACAUCGGCAACUGCAUGUCGUCUUGCCAGAACACGAAGGACAAAUACAUGCAGAAUAGGCUCGUACGGCUCGUUUGUGCGUUCUUGCAAAGCCUAAUUCACAAAAGAAUGAUUGACGUGAAGGAUGUAUUCGCCGAAGUCAAGGCCUUCUGCACUGAGUUUUCACGGGUUUGGGAAGCAGCCGCACUCCUCAGGCUUUUGAAAACUUUGGAAUGACUAAAGAUCUCUCCGUGUACCCAAGAUUGGGAUGUCUACACUUGGGGAGGGCAUUCAGCCGACAUUCUCACCGGAUUUCAUUCUCCUUCUCUUAUUUUUAUUAUCUUAAUUUCCACUUUGAACACAAAGACACUUUCAAAGUGAAGGUUGUUAACAUCUCACCAUCCAUAUAGCUUAGAUCGGUAUGAUUUAUGCAUGGUGGCUUAAUUACCAUAUGUUUCAUUUUUUAAAGGGGAUAUAUAUUGAAUCUUGU